UCAUCAUUCACGACCAAACUGCAGUUUUCCAAAGACAGUCUCAAAAACUUUUAUUCAGUAAUCCAGAAUCACCAUUUACAGAAAAUGUUCAGAAAAACGUAUGAGGAUGGUUUUAGAUUUUUUUUACCAGGCAUGAAACGAACUUGUGACAAUGUGCAAAAUCAGAUGCAACACAUAGCGUGCAUUACAAAAGACAAACAUACCCACGCAUAGACACCUUCAGGUUGUGUUCUGACCACAAAGUAACUACAGUGUCUUACAGCAGUUAUUUUCUUUUUGCUUUUACUCUUGUCUUAGUUGGAUGUCAGAGGCAAUGCAUUGACUUGUUGUAGGACACAAUGGAUGUUCACAGCUAUAUGAUUGUUUACUCCAUUUUGCUCUUUGCCUUUUUCAAAGUGGCAGUUUCUAUUGUUGGAGGCAAAGAUGUGACAGAAAAAAAUCAUAAACCAUGGAUGGUGUCUAUACAGAAGGAUGAGCGGCAUGUGUGUGGAGGAAUUCUCAUUAAAGAUCAGUGGGUUUUAACUGCGGCUAAUUGCAAAGAACAACCACAAAAAUCUGUGACAGUUCUUAUAGGAGCUCUUUCUCUGAAGAAAUUUAAAGACUCUCAGCGUGUUGGCAUUCUCGACUUUAAGUACCCUACAACAUACAAUGAGCAAACUAAUCAAGAUGACAUCAUGCUCAUUAAGCUAAACAAAAAAGUGAAAGUGGAGCCAAUACAAAUCCCUAAAGGGGAGAAAGACAUUCCAACUGGAAAAAGAUGUGUUGUGAUGGGUUGGGGAACCACUGAUUCAAAAGUUAUGAAAGCAUCUGAUAAACUGCAAAUGUUAGAGGUGACAGUUAUGAACAGAAAACGGUGCAAUCUCUUCUACAGUGAGUAUUUUGAGAUUACAAGAGAUAUGCUAUGUGCAGGAAGCAUGGAGAAAAACAGAGGCACUUGUUGGGGAGAUACCGGUGGACCACUGCUCCAUAAGAAAAUUGUUGUUGGAGUGGUUUCACGAUCAAAAGGAUGCGGUGAUCCCAGGAAACCGACAGUGUACACUUUUCUUUCAAAAAGACACAUUUCCUGGAUUAACAGCAUACUUAAAAAACAAUUCAACAGCACACCAUUUUAGACAUGAUACAAAGUCAUAAAUUGUCAGCAUGGUCAGGUAACAUUGUGCUAUGUUAAAACAGUUGCUUAUUUAGUUGAAAAAUUACUCAUUUUGUUACAUGCUUAAUAUUUUACAUUGUUUUUGAUACUCUUUGUGGAAUUACUGAGAAUUGUUAUCUUGAUUGUUUGUUAACAUUAAACACAUU